AUGACUAAUCAGUCAGUAGGGCAAGGAGUUAAAGAUUCAGGGACUAUGACUGUGGAGUCCCGCUACUUAAGAGAUUUUCAGAGGCAUAAACCGCCUUCCUUUGACGGAGGCAAGGUGGAUCCCAUUGCUGCUGAGAAUUGGCUAGAGGCCAUAGAAACAACCUUCCAUUUUAUGAACUGCCCGCUAAAGUAUCAAUUUAAAGAUGCUUAUCUCCACAAAUAUUACCCAAUCACUGCCAGAGUGAAAAUGCAGACAUCAUUCCUCGAACUGAAACAGGGAGAUAGGUCAGCGGAGGAAUAUGACUUAGAGUUCAAAAGGCUGGCAAGGUUUUCUCCAGCCUAUGUUAGUUCUGAUGAGUUGGAGGCCGAACGAUUUAUUGCUGGCCUGAGGGAGGAACGGAAGGAGAAUGUGGCAUCCCAAUCAUCCUUCGUCUAUGCGAAAGCCUUUUAA